CCAGCAUGGGGCAGGUGUGUGUGUGCUGUAGUGCACAGCAGGGUUAGGGAGCCAAGGGAAGCAUCCAGAAAGCCUCCUGCCCCUGCUUUCUUCCUUCUUCUCUGCAUGAUGACUGGAGCCUGUUAGUCAUAUAAAGCAUUUCCUCCCCUAAGGUAUUUUUGGCCACAGUUUCCUCACAUUGGCAGAGAAACCAGUCCUGAGCACUUUUAACCUGACUAUGCAGUGUUGAAAAUCUGCCAGCAUGCACUGCUCCCAGAGUGCACUCCCUCCGGACUGGGUCUUCCCGAUCACCACACAAGCUUACAGAAACGAAACUAAAAGCUAGAAGCAGAACCUGUAAACCCUAAACUAGAAACUCAGUUGCACUUCCAGGAGUGCAAGUGCCCAGUCAUGGCCGAAGAGACAGCACCACCAUGUGGCCCAGUCUCAACUGGUGACAGUCUGUCUCCAGAGAGGAUGGAGAAGAGGACAUGUGCCCUCUGCCCUGAGGGUCAUGAGUGGAGUGUGAUUUACUUUGCACCAUCAGCAAAUAUAGCUGCUCAUGAAAACUGUUUGCUGUAUUCAUCAGGACUGGUGGAGUGUGGUCCUCAUGAUCCACGUAAUCCAGCCAGAAGCUUUGCUGUAAAGUCAGUGAAGAAAGAGAUCUGGAGAGGGAGAAGAUUGAAAUGCUCACUGUGUAACAAAGGAGGUGCCACCGUGGGAUGUGAUUUGUCAUCCUGUAGGAAGAGUUACCACUAUGUCUGUGCCAAAAAAGACCACGCAAUUCCUCAAGUUGAUGAGGAUCUUGGAACUUACAAAAUAUUUUGCCCAGAACAUCCUCCACAGCAAGAAGAGACCACUGAACGUGCUGAUAGUCCAAGCGUGAAGAAGACAGGAAAGAAGAAAAGUCUCUCAUCGGGCCCUCGCACAGAGCCAAAAAAGAUGAAAUUCAGUAGCUUUAAAAGACUCAUGAAGGAAGAGCCUCACGGCCACAAAGAUGCAGCUGUCAAAGCUCCUUUUCUUAAGAAAUGCCUGGAAGCAGGACUUCUUACUGAAUUAUUUGAACAGAUACUAGAAAAAAUGGAUUCAAUUCAUGGAAGAUUCAUGGAUGAGACUGCUUCAGAGUCAGACUAUGAAGGGAUCAAGACCUUACUGUUUGACUGUGGACUAUUUGGAGACAUACUAAGAAAAUUCCAAGAAGUAAUCAAGAGUAAAACUUGUGAAUAUGAAGAAAGGCUGAACCAGAUGAAGCAGAAGCUUGAGGCACUCGCAGACUUACAAGAGAACCUGUGCUCAUUUCAAGAAUGUGGGGACCUGGACCCCUCAGGCUCUACCUCAGGGUCCUUGCUACCUCCUGAGGACCACCAGUGCAGAUGCCAGGAGUCUCCUGAAGUGCAAGCAGGCUCAGGAGACAGCCUGUGACAGAUCCAGUCCCCUCCAGCUCUGACCUGCUACUGCUCAGCCAGGCUCCAUACCUGACAGGUUGUUUCUUGGCUCCUCUCUAGUCAUCUCACUUGUCCUGCCUUCUCCUGACAGUAACAGCUGUUCCUCAGGUCAACUGGAUCAGGCCCCCAUGUCCUCUAAGGAGCAGGAAGUCCUCCUACCUACCCUACCCACCCUAGUCAGGGGCAGCCACACCACAGCCUUUGCUCAUCCUUUUGUGGAAUCUUAGAGCUUUCUUCUUGCUUCUGCUACUCCUGCAGUAGGUCUGUGUCAUCAUGGUCUCCUCUCAGUAUUAGUGACUUCAUCAGAAUGGAGCAGAGCCUCACUCCUGUGCAUAGCUCGCUGGUACCCUGGGUUUCUGCUCACUACCACCUUCCCAACAUUGAGCACACUUAAUAAAUGCUUGACAAAACAC